CCUAUUCCCAUUAUACCUUGAACCUGAAUGCAAAUCAAUCUUUACUCUCUGUCUAAUACAUUCUAUCGAAUUAAUUUCUUCCAGGCCGUAAAGUGGAUGGUUGAUAGCAUGCAACUUGACUGCUAUUAGUGAGUUCGAGACUACAUUACGCAAUUAAUUGCGUAUAAAAGUGCGAGAAGAAAAGGCGAAAGGCGAAAAUGAGCACCAAACCGAACGUUUUGGAAUGUCGAGUGUGCGAGGACGUGUUCGGUCCGAGCGGCGAGAGGGUGCCCCGACUGCUGCACUGCGGACACACCGUGUGCCAUUCGUGCCUUUUGCGCCUUCCUCUGCAGCACGGCUCUGUCCUCUGUCCCUUCGACCGGCAGCCUACUCCCACUGGAGACAGUGGAGUUUGGGGGCUGAAAAAGAAUUUUGCACUCCUGGAGCUGCUGGAGCGACUUCAGGUUGAGCGCCUUCCUUCCACAUCGACAGCCACGGCUACGGGUCUUUCAAGGCUCUUGGACGGUGCUCUUCCAGAUAGACAGAUGUGUGACGAAGAUGAAUCGCACGAGGCAGUUGUCUACUGCGUGGUUUGCGGCUCUCACCUUUGCGAGGAGUGCUCUGAACGCACCCACGCGACUAGGACACUUGGCAGACACCGGAGGGUGCCACUGUCUGAGAAACCAAGGGAGCGUGCAAAGUGCGACUUCCACCCCUCGCACGUGGCAGAAUUCGCUUGUCUGGAGCCAGCUUGCCAGCAAAAUCCACUCAUGUGCUUCGUCUGCAAAGAUUAUGGCCGGCACAAAGGACACCAGCACGGACUUGUGGAGGUGGAAGCAGAAGGUUUGCGACAGAGUGUUUUGGGGGCCGUCUCAAACAUGAGGCAGUUCAUGGAUGCUUUGGGAGAAUCUGUCCACAAAAUAGAGGGCUCAUUGCAAAGGAUGGAAGGAGGAACGAUAGAAGAUGCCCGCAACCGAGUUCGAGCGCACUUCCAGCAGCUGAGGGAGAGCCUCGAGCAGCAGGAGAAUGCCGCUUGCACUGCCCUUGAGGCGCAUACAAGAGAGAGGCUUUGUGCCCUCAAGCAGCUGCAAGAGGAUCUCACUGUUACCAUGUCUCAUGUGGCAGCAGUUUGUGUUCAGUGCAGUCAGUUGUGCGCCCAAGACGACUCACGGCUGCUACUGGCAGGCCAAGAACUGAAAGAAGCACUCACAGCUGUUGAACAGCAGCAACAGCAAUUUGCAGAUCUUCCUCUGGAGCAGAGACAUCCUGAUUCUGCUGUUCCAGUCACCUUUACAAAGGACAACAGAGUGCACAUGGGGCCGCGAAUGGAGAUGCGCGUGGUCACCCUUGGACUAGACGGGGCGGGAAAGACGUCCAUCCUGUUCAAACUGAAACAGGACGAGUUUGUCACAGCCACUCCCACCAUCGGUUUCAACGUUGAGAGCCUUGAGCUGCGAAGUGACCUUCAGCUGACCGUCUGGGACGUGGGCGGCCAGCCCAAGUUGCGACCCCUUUGGAAACACUAUUACCUCAAUACUCAGGCUGUGGUCUUUGUGGUGGACUGUGCUUGCCGAGAUAGACUGCCCGAGGCUCAGAGCGAGCUGGCCAGAUUGCUGGCUGAGAAGGAACUUAAGGACGCUGCUUUGCUCAUUUUGGCCAACAAACAGGACCAAGAAGGCAGUAUGUCGGCCGAGGAGCUGUGCCAACAAAUGGUGUUGCCUAAGUUGUGCUGCGGCCGAAGCUGGCACUGCCAGGCCUGUUCUGCCCAGACGGGCGCUGGACUGACUGAAGGCCUUGAAUGGCUUAGCAGACAGCUUACAACAGAAACCUCGCAAUGAAUUGCGAUUAGCAACUUCAGUAUGUGAUUUAUUUUAAUUUGAAAAUUUUGCAAAACUUUGAACAUAUAAAAUGCUUAAAUUUAUUUGUUCAACACAGUAGUCAACAACUAUGGUGAUGCUGAAAACAAGAAUAAUUGCACACAAUUGUCUACUUUCUUGCCGACACACACGACAUUCAAUUUAAAAUGCUGAUGGGAGCUGCAAACCCAACGUGAGCGCCAGUAUUUGAUACAAUGAGCUCCAUAAGUCUUUCUGCCAUGUCAUCUCUUGCAUCUGGACUCUGCAAUUUUAUGAUUCAGUAUUACUUGAUACUCAUUUAUGUACAAAUAUAAUCAUUCUUACUUUCAAAUCGCCCCUGAUUACUGGUAUAGAGUAAUUGCUUGCUUUUGAAAUGAGGUUUUGGCACUUUGCAGAGCUGUCAGCAGUUCUUGCCUCAAUUGGCAAAGCUAUUGCAACUCUCUGGGCCUAGAUAUUAACUAAACAUUUAGAAUAUUAUAAUUUUUGAAUUAUAUUAUACUCACCGAUCGAUAGUGAUUGUCCACCUUGUCAAAAUGUUUUUGAAAAAAGUCCUGAGAGAACUCAGCCAUCCUGUCUCUGAUGUCGUACACAAUUACGAUGAAAUCAAAACUUGCGUCGAUUUUUUCUCUUAUAAGUGUUGACAGAUCGAGUGCGAAGUGAAUUGCCAAAUGAGUGCUGAAUUUCUGGCUAAUUUCCUGCAUCGCUUCACUCAACUCUAUGCAGAGUGGCCGUUUACCAACCAGCUAAAAUAAAUUAAAUUAAAAUU